CGGCAGCGCCACGAGGCGCAACGGUUGUUCCUAUUUCGAAAAAAAACGACGCAAAACAUAACGGUAAAGCUAUAUAGUGUGAGUGAAAGUACAGUGAAGUGUCCUGUGAAACGAAAUCUAAGAUAUAUUCAAGGGAAAAGUUUUCCGGUAUGAGAGCUCUGGGUUUGUGCGCCCUGCUCUUGGCGUUGGCCAGCAGUCAGGGUUUCGAUGGAUAUUCCAGAUCCAGCUAUAGCUCCCGUCAGUCGUCUUCGUUUGGGGGAGGACAGACCUCCCAGUCCUCCUAUGUGCAGUCUUCUCCACAAUUGAGCACCUGGGCUUAUGCCCACUACAAUGAUGUGCGCGAACUGGCCAAUCAUCUGAAACAAGGGUACAAUGCUUUGUCCCAAGGAGACAGCAAUGGUCUGGGCUAUUCAGGAUCCUGGAGUGCCUCGAUCUUGGAUCUUUGCGGCAAGAGUGCAGGACAGUUGGAUGCCUUGAGCUCUCAAAUAAGCCAGCAGCUGGUGGCGGAUAUGCGACAGGGCAGCCUCAGCUAUGCCACCAUUUCGCAGCCAAAUUUCUUCGAGUCCAAGGCCGCCGAACUCCUGGAGCGUUUCUCCAGCAACACGAGUGGCAAUCUGCAGCAGAGCGUGGACUUGAGCUCCUUCCAGCCUGUGGAUCUGAGUGGCUUUGAUGAGGUCAAGAACUAUGCCUAUCCCGCAGAGGUUAAGGUCAUCGAUGGCAAGACCUAUGUGGUGCACAGGAACUGCACAGAGGCCACCAAGCUAACCGGAAACUACGGGAAUGCGGCCCAAAUGAAUCAGGGUUUCUUUACGCAGUCGCAGACCUCGAUCCCAGCUGGCAGCAGCAGCACUACCACCAUCACGAGGAAGAAGACCAUCCACGAUUGGGUGCGCGAGAACAUGGAGCCCACUGUCGUGAACUACAAUUCGGUGGUGAAUGUGGACGGAGGUGUUCGAGGCGCUCCUUUGACCAUACCCAGUGCCUACAAUCAGAUCAGCUCCCCUGGCUCCAGCUCCACUGUGGUCAUUCGUCGUUUCAACAAGACCAUUACCACCCACCCCGAUGGCACUAGCUCUGUGGGAGGCUCCGAGUCGCAGCAGCGCUGGCAGGACGGCAAACUGGUGCUCGAUGAGCAGCGUCCCUUUGGCCAGUCUUCGGUUCCGCGGGACGAGCAAUGGAAGCGGGAGGAGCGUGAACGCUUCUUCUGGUAUCUGACGACCCCCCAGAGCCUGGAGGAUUGGCAGCAUCAGCAGGAGGAUCGCUUGUUGGGCGUGGCCCAGCGCUAUCAGAUCACCUUGCCCAUGCUGGAGGAGUUCCACCGGCGGGAGCUAUCCCGCUAUCAGGCGCUUUUGGGUCAGUACCAGUCGCAGGUGCAAGAUGCCAGUGCCUGGCAGCGGCAGGAGAGGAGUCGCCUGGACUGGCUGAUACAUCAGAAUGGUUUUUCCUCCCAGGACAUUGAUCGCUGGCAGCAGGAGAACGGCAGGAAGCUGUCACAGCUCGCACAGCAGCAUGGCGUCAGUCAAGACCAACUGCAGCAAUGGCAGCGACAGGAGCUGCAGCGUCUGAAUGUGUACUUCGAUAAGGUAAACCAAUCACUGGCCCCACAGGUGCCAUACGUGCCACAGAUCCCCCAAGGACCUGUGCAGACCUAUCCCACCUCCAGUUCCCUGACGGAAGACAACACCAAAGAGCAGGAGCGACUGGAUGAGCUGAUUCGUCAGCAUAAUGCCACGAUUGCCGCCCUCCAGAGCUCCAUUUGGAACGAUCAGCAGCGCUUGAAGGAUCUCUCAAUCAAGUACCAGGGGGACAUGCAGAAUCAGACCCAAUGGCUGCGCGGUGAAGUGGCCCGCAUCGGGGAUCUCAUCAAGGAGCAGAACGAGCAGGUAUCAAAGAUCUCCGCGUGGCAGAGCUCGGAGCGUACACGACUCGAGAGCAUUCUCCGCCAGCACCAGGGUUCGGUGGGUGAUCUACAGCAGCAGAUGAUCCAGGAUCGCAACUACAUCCAGAAUCUGGCCACCAAAUAUCGCGUGAGUGUCGACGAGCUGGAGAAGUGGCAGAGGGAGGAGCUGCAGCGGCUCCAGGUGCGAGGACAGCAGCAGCUGGAGGAGCACAUCAAGGACUGGCAGAUCAGCGUGAGCUCGAAUCUGCGGGACAUUGUGGGACAGAAUCAGCUGACCAUCGAGGAGUUCCAGAACUCCAUCAUCAAUGAUCGCUCGAGACUCGAGCAGAUGGCACGCAUGUACAAGGUAAAGGUCGAGGAGAUCGAGGGCUGGAUCAAGAGCGAGCUGAAGAAGUUCCAAUCGGAGGGUCUGCUCAAGGAAGUCGAACAGGAGCUGGUCCUCUGGCAGCAGAAGGAGCGCGAGCGCCUGCAGCAGCUUGUCCAGCACAAUUCCCUGACCGUCGAACAGCUGGAGGCCAAGAUCAAGAGCGAUCAGACCCACUUCUUUGAGCUGGCAAACACCUACCAGGUGCGCGUGGAGGACAUCCAGGAGUGGCUGAAGAAGGAGCUUCUGCGCCUGCAGAGCGAGGGCCUGGUCAAGGCCGAGGCUCUCAAGGACUGGCAGCAGGUCGAGCGCGUUGAGAUCUCGAAAUUGGUCCAACAGAACAAGUAUUCCCUGGAGGACUUUGAGCGGAAACUCCUGGCCGAUCGUGCCCGCCUGCAGGACCUGUCCAACACCUACAAUGUACAGGUCUCGGAGAUCGAGAAGUGGAUCCAGGCGGAGGGCGAUCGCCUACAGCGCGAGGGUCGUCUGCGGAUGGAGACGGAGCUCAAUCACUGGCAGAAGAUCGAGCGUCAGCGCCUGCUGGAUCUGAUCAACAAGAACGACUUGUCCAUCGAUGAGAUCGAGACGAAGAUCGGCCGCGAUCAGACCCACCUUUAUAGCCUCGCCCAGCAGCACCAGGUGCGCGUGGAGGAGAUCGAACAGUGGAUCAAGCAGCAGAUCCAGAAACUCCAGGACGAGGGCCUCAUCGAGAUGCAGCGCCUGAAGAACUGGCAGCUGGAGUGGCGUGGAAACCUCACCAAUAUGGUGCAGGAUCGCGACUUCACCGUCGAGGAGUUCCACAAGUGGCUGCUGAAGGAUCGUGCCCAGCUGCAGAGCCUGGCCAUGCAGCACAAUGUCCAGAUCGAGGAGAUCGAACAGUUUGUGAAGAAGGAGGAGCAGCGCUUCAUUGGCAUGGGUCUGUUGAAGCCCAGCGAGAAGCUCACCAACUGGCAGGAGGUGGAGCGUCUCCACCUGAAGAAUCUCGCCCAGCAGCAGUACAAAUCCACGGAACAGCUGGAGGCUCGUCUGCGACAAGAUCGUGAGCUGCUGGAACGCCUCGCGCGCCAGUACAGCGUCCAGGUGGAGGAGAUCGAACUCUGGAUGAAGCAGGAGCUGGCACGCAUGCGCGACGAGGGUCAAUUGCAGAUCGAUAAUCUCACCUCCUGGCAGCUGGCGGAACGCGAACGCCUCGAGGCUCUGAUCAGCCAGAACAAGCAAUGGAGCGCCGAGGAACUGAAGGCAGAGCUGGAGAAGGAUCGCGAGCACAUGCAGACGAUGGCCUUCCAGUAUCACACAUCCGUGGAGGAGAUUGAACGUUGGGUUCAAACGGAGAUCGAGCGCUUGAAGCAGCAGGGAAAACUGAAUAUUGAGCAGCUGUCUGCCUGGCAAAGGACCGAACAGCAGAGGAUCCUGUCCCUGCUUCAACAGCAUUCGAAUAUCACCUUGGAACAGUUCCAGGCCAAGGUCCAAAAUGAUCGUCGUUUCUUGAUCAAACUCGCCGAACAGCACCAUGUGAGUGUUGUGGAGGUCGAGACCUAUGUGAAACAGGUCAUCGAGGAUCUCCACCAAAAAGGACAAUUCGAAAUGGAGCAGCUGCAGAACUGGCAGCUGGUGGAACGCGAUUACAUCAAGAAUUUGAUUGCCGAAUACAAGAAUGGACUGUCCACCGCAGAGUACGAACAAAAGCUGCUGGCCGAUCGUGCCCAUCUCAAACAAUUGGCGGAUCAGUACCGCAUCAGUGUGGAGCAGAUCGAGCAGUGGAUGAUCUCCGAGCUGAAUCGCCUACGUGGCAACACGGAGUCGUCGCUGAAGAGCCUCAGUGCCUGGCAGGUCUCAGAGCUGGAACGCCUGCAGAACCUGGUCAAACAACAGAACCAUCUGACCUACGUGGAAUUCGAAAUGGAAUUGAACCAAGAGCGAGAGCGUCUCCAAAAGCUGGCCAAUCAGUACUCCGUGAAUGUCGUGGAGAUUGAGGAGUGGCUGCGCAAACAGUUGGUCAAUCUGAAGAGCACGGGCCAGGGCAAGGUGGCGAAUCUGACCAAAUGGCAGGCCAUAGAGCAGCAGCGUUUGCUUGAGUUAUUGCUGAAGAAGCAGCAGGAGCUGCCCUACGAGGAUGUGGAACGGGAGCUGACCAAGGACCAUGCCCGUCUCGAGAGCCUCUCCCAAACCCAUCACGUGAGCAUCGAUCAAGUGGAGCAGUGGUCACGCGAGGAACUGCAGCGUCUGCAAAGCUCUGGCCUGGUCCAAUUCGAACAGCAGACCCAGUGGCAGCAGCAGAUCAGCCACGGCUUCAACGACUGGCUGCAGCAGCAGAGGAACGGCGCCAGCUACCAGGAGUUUGUGGACUUCCUGAAGCGGGACAAGCAGCGUCUGGAUGGCAUUGCCAGCGACUAUCAUGUGACGGUCGAGCAGGUGGAGAAGUGGGUCCAAAAGGAGGCCGCACGUCUCUCUCUCAUUGGAGUCAUUGAUCGGCCGCAGAACAAUGUGAAAUACGAAGAGAUUGUCAACAUUUGGGAGGAUCAACCCUCCUGGAAGAAUGACCUGCUGUCGCGUCUGAGGAGCGUCACCAAAUGGCGUCCCAUGACCCGCCAGGAGUUCGAGAGCUAUCUCAUCCGCAACAAGGCCGUGCACGAGCAGCUGGCUCGACAGUACCACGUGACCGUUGAGGACAUCCAUCUCUGGCUGGAGAACGCUGCCCAGAAGGAGGGUCUCAUCACAGUGCCCGUCGUCUUGGAACAAUGGCAGAUCAAAGAGCAGCAGUACAUUCAGGAUCUGAUCAAUCAGCAGCAGCGCAAGCAGCGAAAAUGGACCAUCGAAGAGCUGGAACUCAGGUUGAACAACGAUCAGAGGCAUCUCCAGGAGGUCAUCCAGCAGUACCGUGUGACCAUUGAGGAGCUCAAGGCCUGGUACAAGGAUGAACUGAAGCGUUUGUUGGAUCAAAGAAAGAUCGAUCGCGGAUCGUCCCUGUCCUGGCAGAGCCAAGAGCUAGAAAGGAUCUACCUGCAGGCCGUGAACAAGCCGGAUAUUGGCAGACAGGCUUUGGAGACUUUGCUGCUGAGGGAUAUCCAUGCUUUGGCCCCGCAAUACCAGAUAUCUGUGGAGACACUGCGCCUCUUCAUCCACGACAAGCUAAGUCGCUUCGCGGACAUGGGUCUGACGACGGACACCGCUCGACAGGUGAACAAUUGGCACGAACAGGAGCGUAUUCGCCUGAGGGAGGUGGCCACCAAGCUGGUGAUCACCGAACAGGAGCUCCUGGAGUUCAUUUCGCACGACGACAACUUCCAGAACCAAUUGGCGCAGGUCUACCAGGUGGGUUUGUGUCAACUGGCCCCCGUCCAGAGGAUAAUCAUCGGAAACUUUGCCAAGGAGCAGCUCCUGGAGCACCGCCAGCUGAAUCAUCUGACCAACUGGCAGCGUCGCGAAAGGGAUCGUCUUUACGAGUUCAUUCGCACCCAGAACAUGACCCAGACUCAGCUGAAGAGCUGGCAGAAUCAGGACACAAAACUGCUGCAGGACUUUGCCGCAAAGUACGAGAUCUCCGUGCAGGAGCUCAAGGAAUGGCAGAAGCUGGAGCUGGAGCGCAUCCAGAAGGUGGCCUACUAUUAUGGCAUGACCCAGAGCGAUCUUCAGCAGUUCCGCGAGGGAGAACUCCGCUGGCUGACGUACGUGAAUCACCGCAAGAUGAUGUCCGCCUCUGAGGCCCAGAACUGGGAGAAGACCCACAAAUGGACGUUGGGCAGACUGCAGAGCAGAUACGGCAAAUUUGGCCAGGAGCUGGUCAUCUGGAGACGUGUCUUGUAUCUGCUCAGCCAGGGAUUGAUCGAUCUGCCUGCGGGCGGAAGUGCAGAUGGUGGAUAUGUGGUCGACCCUGGCAGCACCAAUGCCACGCAUGUGUACAGGCCCAUAUUCUCCAAGGAUCGCGGCGAUCAGCCACCACACACGUACGAGGAGUCCUACGAUGAGACAGACGAGCCCGGCCUCGAGGGCGAGACAAGGACGCCACGUCCCUACCCACGCCCAUCGCCCAUUCUGUCCACACCCCCUCCGCCAUUGCCCUACAGUCGCGGCUCAUCGCCCAGCGGUGGCUACGAGUACAGUCGUCGGGACUACACCUUCAAUGUGCCCGUUGGAGGAGCCUCUGCAUCGGCCAGUGGCGGACCCACCGGCUCUUCGGCCACGGCCAGUGCCACCUUGGGAAAAUGGAGUCGUGCCGCAGGCGAGGAGCCCCAGGUCGAGGACUUGGGUCAGCAGCAGCAGGUCGAACUGGGAUGGAACGAGGGGCAGCAACAGCAAGUGGAGGACACGGACUGGAAUGCCAAAUACGAGGCGGGACAACAGCAGUCCGAGAAUCUUGAGGACCUCGGCCAGCAGCAGCAGCAGAUUCAAGUGGAGGAUCUGAGUGGCCUGGGGAGCUAUGGGGGCCACAGCUCCUCCAGUGGACAGCUGCAGCGGCAGCCCUCAAAGGAAUUGGAAGUGGAGGCCACCGCUGAGCCCUCGUUCUGGGAGAAGCUCAAGAGCAAGAUCGGUUAGAGAGUCCUAUAU